GUUGAUUUGCUCGUCAUUUGUUUCGCCAGCCUUGUCGUCCCAUAAAUUCUCAUUUGAAGCGAUUCUAUACCCACUGGAUUCCGCAAGCGACCAUGGGCUACAAGUUCUACCACUACGAUCCGUCCGGCGCCGCCGCCGUGGCUUUCGCUGCCGUCUUUGGCCUGACGACGGUGGUUCAUCUGUGGCAGAUGUUCCGAUCCAGAACGUGGUAUUUCAUUCCGUUCAUCAUCGGCGGUAUCUUCGAGGCCCUGGGAUAUUUGUGCCGAUUCAUCAGUUCCACCGAGACUCCCGACUGGACGAUGAAGCCCUACAUCGGACAGAGUCUGAUGCUGCUGCUGGCUCCGGCCCUGUUCGCUGCCUCGGUGUACAUGAUCCUUGGCCGCAUCAUUCGCAUGCUGAACGCCGGCUCCGUCUCUCUCAUCCGGCCGUCGUGGCUGACCAAGAUCUUCGUGACCGGCGACGUUCUAUCCUUCUUUAUCCAGAGCGGAGGAGGAGGCUUGCUGGCCAAGGCAGAUAGCAAAGAAAAGAAAGAUCUCGGCGAAAACAUGAUCGUCGUCGGUCUGUUCGUGCAGAUCGUGUUCUUCGGGUUCUUCAUCGUCGUGUCCAUCGUUUUCCACCGGCGCAUGUUGGCCACCCCGAUGCACCAGAUGGUGGCCACGCAGGUCCCAUGGACGAAAUACAUGAAAGUGCUGUACCUCGUCAGCGUGCUCAUCAUGGUGCGCUCGGUCUAUCGAGUUGCCGAGUAUGUCCAGGGCAGUGACGGCUUCUUGCAGGGAACCGAAGCCUACUUGUACGUCUUUGACGCCGCACUGAUGUUCCUCUGUGCCAUUAUCUUCAACCUUUAUCACCCCAGCAAGAUCGUCUCCAGCCGCCAGCCGAAGCAGUGGGAAAACACGGAGGACAUGGAGAUGCUGAACAACAACAACACGGCUUAUCGAGGCGUUCCAUAGGGAUGUACGACCUAGUUAAGCUUUCUCCGGGGAGAGUUGUGGGGUACACCCAGUGUUAUU